CACUCCGGGAGCGAGCUCGAGCUAUGAACUCUGCUCUCUUUUGAGUACUUGUAGAUAAUGUGCAGACAACUCUUCGAACCUCUCAUUUCCGGAGUACAGUGAAUGCAUGUAGUUCGGCAAAAGCAUUGGUACUUGAUUGACCAUGUUUCGCGUCUCUGAUAUUGGUUCAUCGAUCGACAGGACGAAGCUGUUCCAAUACUUGGUCAUCUUCUUCGUUUCUUUCAAGGCAAUCACAUACAUACAACGGCUCUUCUUCCAUCCGCUAUCCAAAUUCCCGGGCCCAAGGAUCUGCGCGGCGUCGCGAUUGUAUGAAUUCUACUGGGAUUCGUAUCAACAUGGCCGCUUCUGGGCAAAGCUACCAGAUCUUCAUAGACGCUAUGGACCCGUUGUUCGUAUUGGACCAAAUGAAGUCCAUAUCGAAGACUCUGAGUACUUCGAUACAAUCUUCGGAUUUCGCCAUUUGAACAAAGAGGCCAUGACGGCUAAAGAGUUUGGGAUCAACCACGCCCUAUUUGGUGUUGAAGACUACAAGACUUACGUCAAGAAACGUGCUGCAUUUGGAAAUGCGUUUUCUCGAACAAGGCUUUCCAAGAUACAGGGCCAAAUCAACGAAGAGAUUCAAAAAGGAUGCACUUGGGUUGAGGAAAACAGUAAGAAUGGAGGCCCUGUUGACCUGGCCUUCUUGUUUCGGGCUGUUCCAGCAGAAAUCAUAACCAAGUAUCUUUUCGGCCAAGAAUAUGGGUUUCUGCAACAUGUGCAGACCACCAAGAACCUUUACGAUAAGAGGAUGGACCGAUUGUUUGGGUUCUCACAUCUGGGUCGAUUCAUACCCAAAGAGAUACCUCUUUUUUUGUCUCUCUUUCGUCAGUUGAUCUUAAGGGCUCUGGGAUAUAACGACCCAGGUUCUGCAUUUCUUGAUUACUUCUUACUCGCUCAGAAGUUGGUGCAAAAAGUGGUGGCUCAGCAUAACCACUCGAAUCGCAAUGCUGAAGGUAUCACCCAACAUACUGUGUUUGAUGACUUUCUGGACAGCUCGCUACCUCAAGAAGAAAAGGAAAAGGGCGCUCUUACUCAGCAAGCAGUGGCUAUCUGGAGUGGAGGAUGGGACACGGUUGGCUUCGUGUUGACCAUGGCGGCCUACCAAUUACUCCAGAAUCCACAAGUUGAGCAGCGCCUUUACCAGGAACUCAAAGAGGCCUGGAAGGGCCCUACUGAACCACCUGAGAUCACAACUUUGGAGAACCUACCAUACCUUACUGCUGUAGUCAAGGAAACGUUUCGUCUCUCGCCCGGUGCGCUUUGCCGGCUGAGUCGCGUCAACCCUGGUGGCUUUGAACAGUAUGGCGAUUGGGAAAUACCUCCGGGCACAAUUAUCAGCAUGUCCAUUCCGGAUGUUCUUUCGGACGAGGCAAUCUGGGGGUCUGAUGCUGCUGUUUUCAAACCCGAAAGAUGGCUCAGUGGAGGAGCGGACCUCGACAGAUACCUAGUGACUUUCAGCAAAGGAACCCGAGUUUGUCCAGGAAUUGAGUUGGCAUGGAUCGAGACUCGGCUUGUUAUCGCGAGCCUUUUCCGAAGGUACGAGAUGAGCAUCGCAGCAGAGGCCGGUAUAUCUGAUGAUGAUAUCAUGCCGUAUUACGAAGGGUUUACGCCUGCAGUCAAGAAUUGGAUAUCGCGACUGCCGGUCAAAGUGAAGCCUAGAGAUUAG